ACGUCGAUGCCCUCUAUCGUUAGGGAGGUGUCAUUGACUGAUUUACUGCCAUCUUCCGUUUGACUGAGGAAUAGCAGGCUAGAAUACACACGAGCAGAACAUGGCCCAGCAUGGCCCCCAGCCCUUCAUACCUGAUCUCUGUUCCGAGGGUCCUAGGGCCUGGUGUCCCCAUCACACUAUCAGUCACUAUCCUCACCAAGACGGUGGAAGUCCAAGUCGUUACUGAGAUUGUUAAUGGUAAUAAUACUGUUGUCACAGAAACAACCACAAUUCAAGGAGGUUCGACUGAGCUGCUGGUUCUUUCACCGAUCCCCGACAGUGAACUGAGCUAUUGGCACCCCUACACGUUGGUGGUCAAGGGCUAUGUCGGGAUGGGCAAUAUGGUGUUCACCAACUCUACGGUCCUGCGUUUUAACCGCAAAACCUCAUCCACGUUUAUUCAAACAGACAAGGCCAACUACAGGCCUGGGCAGGUUGUGAAGAUCCGGGCAGUGUCCAUUUACCCAGAUGGCAAGCCAUAUAAGGGCAAGAUAGAUAUUAUUAUUAAGGAUCCUAAGGCAAACAUGAUCCGGCAGUGGUUGUCAUUGGACAGUGUUCUGGGUGUUUUGUCCAAAGAGUUUCAGCUGUCUAAGAAUCCAUCCCUUGGCAAGUGGACCAUUGUGACUUCUGUCAAUGAAGUUGUGAGUGAAAACCAAUUCAACGUGGAACAUUAUGUGCUGCCCAGGUUUGAGGUGUGGAUAGAGGCUCCCAGUGUCCUUCAUCAUGAUGAUACUCUCUGGGGCGUGGUCACUGCUAAAUACAUGUAUGGGAAGCCUGUACGAGGUCACAUGAACAUAACCUACUUGCAUCGUUUUCAUGACAUCGGUGUGAGUUCUGAUGAUUAUAAAGAGAUUUACGGCUCGACGGAGUUCUCUUUUGAUGUGCCUGACUACCAGGUCAUGUAUAAACGAUUUGCAGACAACAUGUAUGAGGAUUAUGAGAACGAUGAGUUUCUUACCAUCAUAGUUUAUGUCACAGAGUCCCUGACAGGACUGACCUAUCACAGCACUAUGGAGGUGGGUGUGGUUAAAUGUAGAUAUGACCUUGCCUUCCGUGGAUACCCCAGCUAUAUAAAGCCCUCUUUGAACUUUACCGCUGAGCUGAAAAUAUCCACAUACAACAAGUGGCCCCUGACUCGAGAGGAUCAGGGGAAGACUGUUACAAUCUCCAUAACACAGCAAAGGCACAGUCCAUGGAGCUGGGAGUUGGACGACUUGGGGUUAAUGAUGCCUCGUGUGCUGCUGAACUCUACUGGUCCUGGCCUCCCUCCAAUGCCAGAUGAGAUACCAGUCCAGACAAUGGUUUUACCUGUACCUGCAGAUGGGGUCAUCCCCAUUCACAUACAGCUCUCAGAUAAGGUGGCAACACUCACUGUAGAUGCUUCAUUCAAGGACGGCUAUAAGAUGCUACAGGUCUAUAGCAGCUACAAGUCCCCCAGUAAAUCGUACCUGCAGAUCCAGAAGUCCCGUUCAACUCCACAGGUUGAUGUCCCGCUCCUGUUGACACUUCAGAGCAAUUUCCCAUUGAAAGAGUUUCACUACCUGGUGAUGUCCAGGGGACAGGUGCUGUCUUCUGGAAGAGGCAGCUCUUCUUCCCUCACCCUGACUCCACAGGAGUCCUGGGCUCCCUUGGCCUGCAUUGUCGUGUACUGUGUGCUUUCAGAUGGCGAGAUCUUCAAUGAUGCACUGCAUGUUCCCAUCGCCCAAGAUCUAAAAAACAAGGUGUCUCUGAGCUGGAGUGAGGACAGGGCCAGGCCUGCUGAUGAGGUGUCUCUCAAGGUGUCUGUUGCUGAGCCCGGUUCACUGGUGGGGAUCCUGGUGGUGGAUAAGGCAACACGCUGGCCCCACUCACACAAUGACAUCACCAAGGACAUGGUGCUGGAGGAGAUGGCAGAGUACGGCAGAAAGACGACAGGCGACAUGAGAAUGGGAGAUCCCUACUCCAUCUUUACGACAUCUGGCAUCAUGGUUUUGACAGAUGCCAAGUUGGAGAAGAUGGGGGAGCAAUUGAGACCUCAAUUUCGGGAGGGAAUCCAAUUGUUUGGAGAUGAGGGGGAUGAUAUGGAACAGGAGGAGCAGGAGCCUCGGGAACGCAGGGACUUCCCUGAGACCUGGCUGUGGCUGGACACCAACACAGGGGAUUCUACCACAGUUGAGUUUCCUCUGACUUUACCAGACAGCAUUACUACCUGGGUAGCCACUGCCUUUGUCAUGUCUGCUGAUCUGGGCAUAGGCAUCAUUGAGACCCCUGCAAAGCUCACAGUGUUCCAGGACUUCUUUCUGUCCUUGAAUCUACCUGCUUUCAUCAUCCGAGGAGAGCUGCUGGUCGUGGAGGUCACUCUCUUCAACUACCUCGAACAGGAUCUCAAGGUGAUGGUGAUUGUUUCCCAGAGUGACUCGUUCGAGUUUGUCUUCCCGGACAAUGAGGAGCUCUCUAUGGCCAGUACACGUACUGUGUCUGUGGGGAGUCAGAAUGGGACCUCUGUCCUGUUUCCCAUCAGGCUACUGGCCCUGGGGGAGAUCCCAAUCUCAGUCGAAGCCAAAUCGUCUGUGGCCUCUGACGCCGUCCGCCGGAUGGUUCUGGUCAAGCCUGAAGGACUUGAGCAGUCUUUUUCGAAGACCAUGUUUCUGGAGCUGGUGGGGUCAGAGAAAAGGCUUUCCAGGGAAGUGGCGUUUACCUUCCCUGCAGAUGUUGUGGAGGGCAGUCAGCGAGCACAAGUGACUGCAGUCGGUGACAUCCUUGGACCGUCCAUCACGGGCCUGGAGUCCCUCAUCCAGAUGCCUUCUGGUUGCGGGGAGCAGAACAUGAUCCACUUUGCUCCCAACAUAUAUGUCAUCCAGUAUCUGACCGCGUCUGGACAAGCUGACCACGAUACCUUGAUUAAAGCCACGUCUUACAUGAUGAAAGGUUAUGAACGUGAACUGUCCUAUCAGAGAGAUGACGGUUCCUUCAGUGCUUUUGGGGAUAGUGACUACUCUGGAAGCACAUGGCUCUCUGCGUUCGUACUGAAGUGCUUCCUGCAGGCGAGGCCCUUCAUCUCCAUUGAUGGCAGAGUGCUGGUCAGUACUGCUGCCUGGUUGGGGGCCCAGCAGGGGAAUGAUGGGGCCUUCUUGGAGCCCGGACGGGUCAUUCACACUGAGCUCCAGGGAGGCCUGGAUGGCCCUGUAUCUCUCACAGCCUACGUUCUCAUGGCUCUACUGGAGGAUGACAUCUACAAGAACAUGUAUGCGAGCCAAGUUUCCGGGGCCCUGGUGUUUCUGGAGACCAGGCUUGCUCUAGGCAUCUCCAGUAACUACAGCCUGUGUCUGACCACCUACGCUCUGACCCUGGCCAACAGCGAGAGUGCAGAACGAGCGCUGGCACAGUUGAUGGGACGAGCAGAGAUGAAGGACAGUGUUCCAUCCUGGAGUUCAUCAGGCAUAGGGCUUUCUGAGUCAUGGCAGCCGCGCUCCGCAGACAUCGAAAUGGCUGCCUACCUGCUGCUCUCCCUCCACAAGCUAUCCAGGCUGGAGGAGGGCUUCAGCCUCAUGAAGUGGCUCAGCCAGCAGAGGAACUACUUGGGAGGAUACAGCUCCACACAGGAUACAGUGAUAGCCCUGCAGGCCUUGUCUGAGUAUGCAGCCUACAGUGGGUCUCAACUCAUCAAUCUCCACAUUACAGUCAACACAGCACCCUCAACCACAGUGGCCAGCUUCCACAUCAACUACACCAACUAUUUGCUAUACCAAAGCCAAGAGAUCGAGACAGGCAGAGAGGUACGCUUAAAGGUUUCUGCCAAGGGCCAAGGAUUCGCUCUGUUUCAGAUGAAUGUGUUUUACAAUUUAGAGAGCAGAGGGUUGUCACGGAAAUGGAGAGACACUACACAGGAGGCUUUUGAUUUGCACAUAGAGUUGUUUGACACUACCAUGUACUACAUCCAUCUUUACAUUUGCACAAGUCUGUUGGAGGGCCAAGGCAUUAACCAGACUGGCAUGGCCAUUCUAGACGUGGGCCUUCUCAGUGGCUUCAUCUUGGCUCAGGAUGGCAUCGAGACCAACGAUCUGGUUCGGAGAGUGGAAACGCCUCCGGGGAAAGUCAUCCUCUACCUGGACUCUGUGACGACAGAGGAGAUGUGUGUGAAAAUCCCUCUAGUCAUGGACUUCAAGGUUGCCAACGUCCAGGAUGCAACGGUUCUCAUCUAUGAUUACUACGAGCCCAGGAGGAAGACGGUGAGGACAUACCAGUCCUAUUGGAGGCAUGACAUGGACGCCUGCUCAUUCUGUGGGGAAGACUGCAGCCAGUGUAAAGGACAGAUGGCCUAUGUGUCUAACAGUGUAUCUGUCUCCCACCAUUGCCACCGUGUGGCCACUCUCGCCUGUUCUCUCCUUGUCCUCCUGGCCUGCAGCUUGUAAAAGAGAUCUGUAUAGACUUUUUAUACCAUUUAGGUUGUUUAAUAAUAAAUAAGUGGAAACCGUGAUUUUACUGAAUAGGUUGGGGAAGUGUGAGGUAUUUUUUAUUAUUUUUUUCAAUCAAGGUUUUAUUAAAUCUCGUUCUGCAGUAUAUUUUGUCUUAGGCAUCUCAAAGUCAUGCACUGGAAUGUUUGUAAAUACUGUUUAGAAUUUUUUAUUGGACUUUUAAGUGAAAUAUAAAUAGAGGUACCAGAGCGCAGAACAUUACCCAGGUCGUUGCUGUGAAUGAGAAUGUGUUCUCAGUCGACUUACCUGGUAAACAUAACGGAUAAAUAAAAAUUACAGGCAUAUUAUGCAUUUAUUUUAAUUCUUCUUGUUCUUCUAUUUGAAUUCUUCUUUAUUUGAAUUAAUUCUUCAUCACUUUUAAGGCAUUAAUGACAAGUACAAUAUAGUAUUUCACAAUUAAUAUAAUGACUGACUGUCACAAUCUGAUAUGUCUUCAUAUGUUGGGUAUGAAAGUGUACAAUGUAAUAUAAAGUCUGUUGAAUAAAGAGAAAGACACCCUU